UUGCAUUCCUGGCAUUCCGACCUCAGUCCCUCCUCGGUUACUUAUUAUCGCCGCCUGCUCUCCCCACAAUCAUUUCACAGCGAGAGAGAGGACCGCGACAGCCCGUCCGGGGGGGAGGGAGAUGAGACACGUUUGACUCGGGGAAAAAAAACCCUCCUGGAAAUAGUGGAAUUACUCUUAAUUUUACUUACGAGGUUGAGAACAACGUUUCGCUAUGAUGAGAGUGUGAGCUGGUUCACAGCUGAUCUAUUUAAAUACUUUAAAACAAGAAAGAGCUCAACUGUUCUUUAGAGAAGAUAAUAGUACACAAAGAAGUAUGUCGUCCACUGAGGAGCCAUCUGGCACGGUGCUGCACCGGCUCAUCCAGGAGCAGCUCCGCUAUGGAAAUCCCACAGACACCCGCACCUUAUUAGCCAUCCAGCAGCAGGCCCUGCGCGGAGGCAGUGGAAGCAACAGUGGACCCAGCAGUGGAGGCGACAUGGGCCGGAGCCCACGAUCCUCUCUGGAGAGUCUCACCCAGGAGGACCCUCCACUCCCUCAGCUCUCUGCGAGGCAGGAGCCACAGGGCCAGGAGCACCAGGGAGACUUCCACCACUCAGAAAGUGGCUACCAGCUCUACCAGCUCCAUGGGGAAGAGCUGCCAACAUACGAGCAGGCCAAGGCUCACUCUCAGUAUCUGGCCUCUCACUGGGCCCCUGCAGGCCCCAUCAGGCAGCUCCAUGCGGGGACGCUCCUGCAUGAGGGGGCCUUCCACGAAGAGGCAGAUGUGAUUGAGCUGAAGUGCAGCCAUGUGCGGUCUCUCAGUGAACAUCGCAUACAGCAUGAUACAGCUGCUAAAGUGGAGGCUAUCAAGAGCACCUCUCACAGCUACCCCGAGCUUCCCUACUACAGGCCGCAAGGCCUCCAGAGCAUGGGCCAGAGCCUGGACAAGCGCAGCCCACCUCCGGAGUACUCAACCCCCAUCCAGGGCCAAGGAUUUUUUUCUCACCAAGUCCAGGAGCCGAUACAGACACAGCAGCACAGGUAUGUCCAGUCCAGUCAGCCAGCAGAAGUCCCCUGCUACAGCACAUUCCCCAGCCUGCCACCUGCUGGCUUGGAGGAGCCCAACCAGGUGGAGCUGCUACUGAUGGAGAAUGAGAGGCUGAGGCAAGAGCUGGAAGGACACAGGGAGAAGACAUGCCGUAUUCAGAAGUUGGAGCAGGAGAUCCAGCGUAUUUCUGAAGCCUAUGAGACACUGAUGCAGGGCAGUGGCAAGCGGGAAAACCUGGAGCAGACACUGAGGAGGAAGUUGGUGUCCGAGAUCAGGAGGCUGCAGGACUUCAACAGAGACCUUAGAGAAAACUUGGAAAAUGCCAGGACACAUGUUGCAAAAGAAGUAGAAGCAGCCGACCAUAACCAGCAAAUCAUGGCAAAACUGCUUGAGCAAAAUGAGGAGCAGAACUUUGAACGGGAACGCGUGGAGCGGGAGCUGCAGCGAUUGCGAACCACUGCGGAGGAGCAGAACAUCAAGGCAAAACGGCUCGAGGAGGCCCUGGAGGCAGCUCGUGCACGAGGUCGCCAGCUCGAGGAGGAGUUGAGGAGGAAGAGGGCUUACGUGGAGAAGGUGGAGAGGCUUCAGAGUGCGCUGGCUCAGCUACAGUCGACGUGUGAGAAGAGGGAGAGCCUGGAAAUGAAGCUGAGGACGCGGCUAGAGCAGGAGCUGAGGAGUCUGAGGGCACAACAGAGGCAGUCCCAGCCACCAGGAGUGACCAUGAGCUCCCUUCAAGAGCGCCUGAGGGAACGUGAGGAGCGAAUCCUGGCCCUUGAGGCCGACAUGGUGCGAUGGGAGCAGAAAUAUCUGGAAGAGAGCACCAUGAGACAGUUUGCAAUGGAGGUGGCUGCCACUGCUGCUGCACAGAGGGACACCACCAUCAUUAACCACUCGCCUUGCCACUCCUCAAACAACAGCUUCAAUGAGGACCUGCCAGUUGCCGACUACAGGAAUCAGGAGAUGGAGAACAGGAUCCGGGCUCUUUAUGCUCAGAUCUUGGAAAAGGAUGCUGUGAUCAAGAUCCUGAACCAGCGGCUGCACCAGGACCAGGGGCGGAAGGACGAGCAAAGUUCCCGUACAAACCUUCUGAACACAGCGGCUGCAUCUCUCCGGCCUGCCUCCUCCACUCCCUCCAUCAGCACCAUCAACAGCACCACAAGGAGUAGAGGUAAAAGUCUUUCGGAUGAUCAAACUUUGCCAAACCGUCAGUUCUCUGCUCAGUCUGAACCUGGAACACUGGAACGUCGAACAGAGGGAACUAAAGCCAGAGAGGCUGCCAGCAUGACUAAGCUCAACAACGACAAAACAGCACCUAAGAAGUUUCUACUAAACCCCUUCAGAGGCCUGGAUGAGCUGGAGUCGGAGGCAGUGGAAAUCUUCAUUUAACAAACUGAAAGGUGGAUUUUGAGUUCUGAGAAUCUGUGAGGAACGCAGGUCUUUGAAUAGUGAAUGGAUUCAAUAAUGGAUGCAAGAAUGUCAUGAAAAGAGGCCAACGCAUGGAGGAAAAAAAAGGACUGUUUUCACAUUUUAGAGACAGAGCUGUGCUCCGACUCACUAACUCUCACUAAGCUUGGACAGCUGCAGGCAGUCUGCCCAGCUGGGAGAGAAAAGAUUAAUCUUCUGAGGUACUUGGACAGUAUUGUGGAUUAUAAUAGGGCAACAUGUUCUCAGAGAGUGAAUGCCAAAAUAUUUAUAUAAAUAAGUAAUAUAUCUAUCUGUCUCUCUCUCUCUCUCCAUAUGUUUAUAUAUAUAUGUAUAUAUAAACAUAUGCUGCUUUUUCCUCCAUUUCCCAUCCCCCAUCCAGUAAAUUAGUAAAUUAAGAAGCUACAUAUUUAUCUUAUCUGGUUUUCACAUCCCCAAAUAUUAAUUUAAGCCUCAUGUUCUUCCAGAUAAAUAUUCAGUAAAAAGUUAUCUACCCCCUUCAAUAAUUUAAUUUAAGCCCAUAACACAUGAAACACUGCUGAUUUAAUUGCUCUUGCUGUUCAUGUUUCUUAAGCCCGAGUAGCUGGUUCUGCAGAAGCUUAGAGGUGUGUGAACAGUGAGAUGCAUCACAUAUAAAGCACAGUAUGACGUUUCUUCUUCUUCUUUUUUUUUUUUUUUUAAUUUUGCCAAACUGACACAAACCUGGUUUUGUUUUGUUUUGGGAGGGCGUGUGGUGAUUUCAUCAUCUGUUGCUUUUUUGAUAACUUCUCAAAGUAUGUUUGCAUGUGUGACUACAGUAUGUGAGUGUGUUUCCUGAUGUGGUGAUUCUGCUGGUUUGGUCACCAUUGUGGGAUAAAAGUUGACAUUGUGUUUUUUGUUUUUUUUUUGGUUACUGUGAGCUUUGAACUAACAACAGGUUAAUUAUUAUUAUUAUUAUUAUAUAUUUUAUACAGAUGUUUGUAUUGUUAUUUUAGAUAUAACAGUGCUUUGAGCAGGUUGCCAAAGAGUUAAUGUAUAUUUGUUGUAAGUUAUGUGCCGACAAUCACGGUCAUGUCAAGCUGUUCACAACCAACCAUGUGUUGACUUUAAUACAGACAUUUCUGUGAACUUCAAACAAUAUGCAACAUUUCAUAAAGCAAUAAAGUAUUCUAAUAUACAUAAA